AUGAUUAGUUAACAAGAAAAAGAAAGAUUAUUGCAAGAUAAAAGAAAUAAGAUUGCGGCUUAUAAAAAGAAACUUGAAUAAUCUCAAUAGACUUCUUCAAACACAUAACCUUAGUAAGUAAUUUAAGCAUAAGAUAAUGAUCAAAUCAAUUAAUCUCCUUAAAAGGAGUAGCCUCCUUCAAAUUAAGCUGUCAUAGCACUUCCAUAACAGUCAGAUUUAAUAAGUUUAUAUUUGCAAACAAAGCGAAAAAAAUUAAGGUUUUAGACAAUAGAAAUGUAUUCGAAUAGCCCUGCUCCUCCUCAAGCAGAAGUUAUGACAAUAGAGUUUGGUGUACAAUGUGAAUUUGAGAUGUCAUCAUCUUAACAAGAAAAUGAGGAUCAAGUAAUUCCCUUGAUAGAUAAUGUGAGAAGAGAUUCCAGGAAAAAAAGAAAAGUUUUAUAAAGCGCUGAAGAACCAGUCGAAAAAAGAUAAAUUCCAUUUUUCAAUCCCAAUCAUUUUAAAGGUUUUUCAAGAAGUUUGAAAACUAUAGAAAAAGCCAUUCAUGGGGUAGGAGUUUAUGUCCUUGAGGAUUUAAUGAACACUUAAUAAGUGGCUUAAGAAAUAGGCAAGGACAAUCUAACAAAAUUGCUUUCAUUUAGUGAUAAAUUAUAUACAGAGAAUAGAGUUGUAACAUCAAUACAGUGGUCACCCAACUUACCUUAUUCAUUCUUAGCCUCUUAUUCCUAAAAUGAAGAAGGAUCAAUAACAGAUUAAGUGGGAGUGGUUCUUUUAUGGUCUUUGCAAUUAAAAUCGAGACCUGAAUUUUACUGUUUUGCAAGCAGUCCAGUAACAUCAGCUUGUUUCAUCCCUUCAGUCCAAGUAUAUUGCUUGGAGGAUUAUACAAUGGCUAAGUAGUUGUUUGGGACUUGA